CAAAGUCGGCUAGUCAGGACGCUAGUUCAUUAACCUUGAGAGCACAAGGGUUCAAAGAUAGUCAAACGUUCUGAGACACUGAACAAAACCUGACACUGCUCCUCUGGAAUCUUCUGCAGCCGAGAUGAACUGUGCGUAUUGUGUAUCUGUCCUCGCCGUCCUGCUUCCUGUAUCUCUGAGCGUGGAAAUGACGGGGUUGUUUGGCAGCUUCACUUCCCCCAACUUCCCUCGCCCAUACCCCAACAACCAUCACACAGUGUGGAACAUCUCCGUCCCAGAAAGCCACAGGGUUAAACUCUACUUCACCCACUUCAGUCUGGAACCCUCCCACCACUGUGAAUAUGAUUAUAUUCAGGUGUUUGCAGAGGCCAAUGAGACAUUGCGUUUCUGUGGCGAAGGGGAGAAAGAGUAUGUAGACGCCCCCAGUAACACAGUUAUCCUGUCGGCCGGGAACAUCAUGUCGGUAGUCUUCAGAAGUGACUACUCCAAUGAGGGGCGUUUCUCUGGCUUUCAAGCAUUUUACACCUCAGAAGACAUCAAUGAGUGCCUCAGCACGGUAGAUGGGGAGUCUGUGUGUGACCAUUAUUGUCACAAUUAUGUUGGUGGUUAUUACUGCACUUGCAGGUUGGGAUACCUGCUCCAUGACAACAAAAGGUCCUGCACUGUGCCUUGCAGAGGUCAGGUGCUGACGGAGAGGUCAGGAGAGUUGACCAGCCCGGGUUACCCCAGUCCAUACCCCACAAUGAGUCAUUGUAACUACACCAUACUCCUACCAGAGGGAUUCAGAGUGCUACUGGACUUCCAGGAACCGUUUGACGUAGAGGGCCACUCGGAUGUCCCCUGUCCAUAUGAUGUCUUGAAGAUCUUUACGGAAGGACAAGAGUACGGACCGUUCUGUGGAGCAUCUCCUCCUGGCAAGAUAGACACGGGCAGUUACCAAGUUCAUGUCUCAUUCAGGUCGGACCUCUCAGGGAAAAACAAGGGAUGGAAGAUUAAGUAUACCAGCUUGGGAGUUCAAAAAGCAUAGUAGAACUUAAAUCACAUGCUAUGUGAUACCUUGUCUGAAAUCUUUGAUAAUCCACAUGAUAUAAAAGGCCUAAUUCAUCAAGCAAACUCCAGUGUUAAUUACAUAACACUGUAAAGGGCUUACUGUGAAUUUUCCAGUAAUUUACAGGAAACUAUUGGCAAGUAGGUUUCCCUUUCAAAUAGAGCAUUACCCUCUAGUCAUAAUUAGAUAAGUUAACUUCCCAUCAAUCAAAACAUUGACUAUUUUUUGUUUCCAGAGCGGUAUCUUACGAAUCAGGUUUGAGGAGUUAGCAAGGUAACUUUGGCCAACUCUUGAGUUCAACUUGGUAUAACCAGUCAUACGAAUGUGGCUCACCUUUUAGCCAGGUACACUUCUAUGGCAAUGAAUCCUUAACCUGCUCUGGGGCAGGCUAACUAAGGGCUAACUCCAUUUACCCAGAAUUAAGUUUAUGUGCCGCAAGUUAAAGACCAAUGAAAUCAGAUUCCCUUGCUCUCGCAAAAAUAUUGUCAUCAUCACCUUCAUUGAAGAAGAUAGUAAUGACAGAAUGCAUUUGAAACUUCACGCACAUUAAAACUUUUGAUUGAAAAAUAAAAUGAUUAUGAUGAAAUUAUUUUAUCGAUAGGAGUGGGGAAAAAAGGUGCUCAUGCAUUGAUAACCACACCAAAGACGGCAUAAACAAUAGGUAAUAAAAUCCUGAGUGGAUCUAGCGUGCUUCAUAGGAUACCCCUCUGGUAUUGUUUUUUAGGGUUUACUGUAAUCGUGAGCAGUUCUUUAACUUACAUCCUGCAGUACUACAUUCCCCCAGUACUACAUUUCUUUUUGAAUGUUGUUUGUACUCUGGCAGAUGGUGAAAUGGUGUGUUUAUCACAUGUGCUUUCUGUUGCUUAGUUUGAUAAUUAGUAGUGUGUGUUUGUGAUUGCUGUUGGGGUUUUCAAUCCCCCUAUCCCCAGGUUGUUGUUGUUGGACUAUUCUAAUCUAUUCUACUGAAUUAUAUUCUAUAAUGUGAUUAUGAAGUCAGUGGUAGCUGUGCUGUUGUUGCUGUUCAGUAUUGUGUCGGAGGGGUGAAGGCUGAGGAUCCCAAUUUCCUUCAGGUCCGGUUCAAAGCCCUAGAGGAGUAACCUGAGGUCCUCUUGAAGAUCCUAAUACUUCUGAAGGACAUACUGAAUGCCAGUGAGACCAAAGUGAAGGCUCUGGAGACCAAGGUGGAGGCUAAUCUCCUAUGAAGAUUAUGAAUGUGAUGCUACAGACGCAACUUCUGUCCUGUUGUUCCCCCAGGCAUCUUCACAGCUUCAGUCAGGGCAGUCUACUACUAUCCCAGACUGUAGCUUUAAAAGUAUUUUGUUUAGAGCAAUCUUUGUGUGCCUGUACAGAUGCAGAGGUCAGAAGAAAGACUAAACAAUAUAAGUGCAACAAUGACUUGGAGACAGACUAACAGGACUCGUUGAAAUGGGGUGCUGUCAUGCAGUACCCUGCCAAGCAGAGGAGAACAAAAUCUUACGGAUCAAAGCACAUCAGCACCCUAGACUUCAAUGAACAUCCAAUGUUACUGCAACAAAGGCCCCAGAGUUUUACCCGAUCACAUGACAUUACCACAAAAAACUCUGGGCCAUAUCUAUAAAUGAGUUCCUCAAAGAGAGUCAACAUCUCAAUAGCUAGUAUAAUAACUAAAAGAGACACUGGGCAUCCUUGCAGGACACCUCUAAAUAGUUCCAAUGCAUUCAGAUAAAUACCCAUAUUCACAAUUUUGCCCUCUGGUUUCUGAUAUAACAUGUACCUCCCAAAUAAAAAUAUUGCCGUAA